GUAUUAUUUAAUUAAUUUAUCUAAAAUAAAAAAAAAAAAAAUCAAAAGACAAAAAAAAAAUAAAAAAAUUGUAAAAAAAAGCUUUGAACAGAAACCCUAAAAUACGGCCCCCAACCCAACCUUCACUCACAGAGUCAGAAUACGAUUCCGCCGAUCUCAACUCGUUCUUCCCAGACCAUGAUAUUGAUAUAUAUAGAUAUAUAUACACACACACGUAAUCUUUUAUAUAGUAUUUUUUAUUUCUAAAUUAUAUUUAAAUUAUGAAAUGACGCUCAAAAUUCGCAUACAUACACAGACGAAAAUCCUGAGAUUGCAAAGAAGAGCGAUCAGGCAAGAGGGAACUGCAAUCACCUUAUUUUAGGGUUUUCAAUCAGUUGGUUCUCACUUCUCACGUCCUUUCAGCUGUCCAAACACCAUUUUUACAAGGUUGAGAGAGCCUUUCAGUAAAACUUGAAGGAUAGUUUGCAGUUUUGAAGGAGAAACUCAAGGCCAGCUGGGGUUCUUAAUUUCUCUUGUAGGGCAUGCAGCUGGAGCUUUUCACACUGAAGGCACAUCAGACUAUUGAACCAGAUCAGAUAAGGUUAAAGCAGCUGCAGUUCAGUUUCCCAAAUGGUUGAGGAGAUGGCGUCAUUUCGCCCCACUGGAUUUGGUGACCCUGGUUGGGAGCAUGGCAUUGCUCAAGAUGAAAAAAAGAAGAAGGUCAGAUGCAAUUAUUGUGGAAAAGUAGUUAGUGGAGGGAUAUACAGAUUGAAGCAACAUUUAGCUCGACUUUCCGGAGAAGUAACAUAUUGUGAUAAGGCUCCAGAGGAUGUAUGUCUGAAAAUGAGGGAAAAUCUGGAAGGAUGUCGUGUCAGUAAGAAGUUAAAGCAAGUUGAAUAUGAUGAACAAGCAUAUUUGAAUUUCCACUCCAAUGAUGAUGUAGAGGAGGAGGAAGAGCAUGUUGAAUAUAGAAGCAAAGGAAAACAAUUGAUGGGUGAUAAAGGUUUGGUUAUAAAUUUGGCCCCUCUUAGAUCAUUAGGAUACGUUGACCCUGGUUGGGAACAUGGUGUUGCUCAGGAUGAGAGGAAAAAAAAGGUAAAAUGCAAUUACUGUGAGAAAAUAGUUAGUGGUGGUAUUAAUCGGUUUAAGCAACAUCUAGCUAGAAUACCUGGAGAAGUUGCACCUUGUAAAAAUGCACCUGAGGAAGUAUAUCUUAAGAUAAAAGAGAACAUGAAAUGGCAUCGUACUGGAAGGAGGCAUAGACGUCCCGAUACAAAGGAGAUAUCAGCUUUUUAUAUGCACUCGGAUAAUGAUGAAGAAGAGGAAGAUCAAGAGAAAGAUUCUGUACAUCGUAUGAGCGAUGAAAAAGUUUCAGUUGGAGAUAAAAGAUUGAUCAGAGACUCAAUGAGGACUUCUAGAAGGAUGACCCCUGGUAGUGGGUCUGAACCCUUAUUGAAAAGAUCAAGAUUGGAUUCUCUUGUUCAAAAGAAGGCAAAGAAUCAGAUGCCAGUAUCUUACAAACAUGUAAAAUCGGGGUCCAGCAAAAAAUCUCGCAAGGAAGUUGUUUCGUCAAUUUGCAAAUUCUUCUAUCAUGCAGGAAUUCCUUCACAUGUUGCAAACUCUCCAUAUUUUCAUAAGAUGCUGGAGUUGGUUGGUCAGUAUGGACAGGAUUUGGUGGGACCUUCAAACCGAGUUAUAUCUGGUCGUUUUCUACAGGAUGAAAUUGCAACCAUCAAAAACUAUUUGGUUGAGUAUAAGGCUUCCUGGGCAGUCACCGGUUGUUCUAUUUUGGCAGAUAGUUGGAAAGAUGCUCAGAGUAGGACAUUAAUAAAUUUUUUGGUUUCUUGCCCCCGUGGUAUAUACUUUGUUUGUUCAGUUGAUGCCACUGAUAUAGUGGAAGAUGCCACAAAUUUGUUCAAGUUGCUUGACAAAGUGGUGGAAGAGAUGGGUGAGGAAAACGUAGUGCAGGUAAUCACUGAGAAUACUCCCAGUUAUCAGGCUGCUGGAAAGAUGCUUGAAGAGAAGAGAAGGAAUUUGUUUUGGACUCCUUGUGCUGCCUAUUGCAUUGAUCAGAUGCUUGAAGAUUUUGUUAAAAUAAAAUGGGUGGGGGAGUGCAUUGAGAAAGGCCAAAAAAUGACAAAGUUCAUUUACAACAGGAUCUGGUUGUUGAAUCUUAUGAAAAAAGAAUUUACUGGGGGACAGGAACUUUUGAGGCCAUCUGUUACUCAGCAUGCUUCAAGCUUUUCUACUUUGCAAAGCUUGCUGGAACAUAGGAUUGGUCUUAAAAGAAUGUUCCAGUCGAAUAAAUGGAUUUCUUCUCGGUUUUCAAAAUCAGAGGAGGGUAAGGAGGUGGAAAAAAUUGUAUUGAAUGCCACAUUUUGGAAGAAGAUGCAGUAUGUUAGGAAAUCGGUAGAUCCCAUAGUACAAGUACUGCAAAAGGUUAAUAGUGAUGAAAGCCUCACAAUGCCUUCUAUUUAUAAUGAUAUGUACAGGGCAAAGCUUUCAAUCAAAACCAAUCACGGUGAUGAUGUACGAAAAUAUGGGCACUUCUGGAGUGUGAUAGACAAUCAUUGGAAUUCAUUGUUCCACCACCCCCUAUAUUUGGCUGCUUAUUUCCUGAAUCCAUCAUAUCGAUAUCGUCCUGAUUUUGUAGUGCAUCCAGACGUUGUGCGUGGACUAAAUUCAUGCAUUGUUCGACUGGAGCCAGACAAUGCAAGAAGGAUCUCUGCAUCCAUGCAGAUUUCUGAAUUUGGCUCUGCAAAAGCUGAUUUUGGAACUGACUUGGCAAUCAGUACCAGAACUGAACUUAAUCCAGCUGCAUGGUGGCAACAACAUGGGAUAAAUUGCUUAGAGCUGCAACGAAUAGCCGUACGCAUAUUGAGUCAGACAUGCUCAUCUUUCGGAUGUGAGCAUAGCUGGAGUAUAUAUGAUCAGAUCCACAGCCAAAGGCGAAAUCGUUUAGCACAGAAAAGAUUGAAUGACUUCAUUUAUGUUCACUACAACUUGCGACUUAGGGAACGCCAAAUAAGAAAGAGGUCCAAUGACUCUAUCUCAAUUGAUAGUGUUCUGCAAGAAAAUUUACUCCAUGACUGGAUUGUGGAGACAGAAAAACAAGCCUUACAAGAAGAUGAGGAAACGCUUUAUAAUGAAAUAGAACAAGUUGAUGCAUAUGAGAACGACUUGAUCGAGUAUGAAGAUGGAAAUGGAGAGGCUAGGAAGGGAUCCAUGGAGAUGGUGACUUUGGCUGAUGUAGAACCCUUGGAUGUUGAACCUAUUAACAAUGUUGGUACUGCCACUGAUGAUGAAGAUGAGGAUGAUGAUGAUGAUCUCAAUUUUCUUGACGAUGAUUUGAGUGAUUAGUUGAAUUAUCUGUCUAAAUUGACAGGGUUGAAGUAAUGAAUAUGAAGAAUGAUUAACAGUCACUAAAAUGUAGAGUCCAGUUGGUUGGAUUUGCUGGUAAUUCCAGUCAUGUAUAGUAUAUUAUCCUUUUUUGUUAAAUUCGAGUUAAUUA